AUGGCCGUAAACAGCAUCCCGAAGACGCAGACAGCUGCAAUAGUCCGUGAGCAAGGCGGGCCGGUCGAGUUCGAUGACAAUUAUCCAGUCACCCUUCCCAACAACGAUGAGAUCCUAGUCAAAAUCUUGUAUACUGGUGUCUGCCAAAGUGAUCUCCAUACCAAGGCUGGGACUGCUACUGGGGCUGACGGUCGGCCUAUCACAAACAUAAAACUGCCUCAUGUGGGUGGACAUGAAGGAGUCGGGCGUGUGGUUGCUUUUGGUCCCAACUUGUCUCCAAACGACAGGCUCCAGCUAGGCACAUUGGUGGGCAUUCGUUUUGCGUCUCGUGUUUGUCAUGAGUGUGAGUAUUGCACCUCUGGCCGAGACCAGCACUGCCCUCAUGCAACGAACCAUCUGCACCACGAAGACGGCAGUUUCCAGCAAUACUGUGUGCUCGACACAAAGUAUUUGACCGAGUUGCCCCAAGACCUGGAUCCAAAGGUCGUUGGACCAGUUCUUUGUGCCGGCGUGACUGCCUACAAAGCUGUGAAAAAUGCAAAUGUAAAACAAGGAGAAUGGCUCACUGUCAUCGGAGCGGGUGGCGGGUUGGGCCACUUUGCAGUACAAUAUGGCCUGGCUCUAGGUGCAAGGGUGCUUGGAGUCGAUGCAGGUCCUGACAAGCAGCGAUUUGUGGAGUCGUUUGGGGCACAAUAUGUCGACUUCUCAAAGUGCAAGGACCUCACAGAGGAGAUCACAAACAUUACUGGAGGGGGUUCGCAUGCCGUUGUGGUCACAAGUGGCCACCCAUUAGCCUUCCGAAGGCUUGCUGACCUGGUCCGGAUUGGUGGAUCUUUAUGCAUUGUGGGUAUACCUCCUGGGGACGUGCAUCUGGACACGCCGGUGGCUACCAUUGUCAUCCGAGGUCUCAAGAUCCAGGGCAAUCUCGUGGGGUCCUUGAAAGAAACGCUCGAGGCAGUGGAUUUGGUCCGUAGUGGAAAGGUCAAACCGCAUGUGAAAGUGCGACCUUUUCGGGACCUGCCAGACGUGUAUCAGCUAUUGGAAAAGGGAGAUGUACCUGGCCGGAUCGUGCUGGAGCUGUAG